AGAUCUGCAUCGAAAUGUCAAUUGCUUUGUUACUGAUGUGUCAAUUGCGGCAUUUAAUGAAAAUACGUCUGCAAUGUGUCUCUUUUUCUGAUUCAAUCAGAUGCAAUGUUUGAUUAAUUCAAUUAAAUCUCUUUAUCUCGCAACGCAUUCUAUGUGAAACGAAGAGUUCAAGUUUAUUUUUUCGAAAUUUCCCAUUCAAGGUUUAUUUAUUUUGUAUUCCAGCGUUAUUCAAAGCCGUAUUUUGUGUUUGUUUAAGCUAAAAGAAUUAAACUUCCUCCGCCAUGGUUAAAAUAUUAUUUAUGCACCCGGACCUGGGAAUCGGCGGUGCGGAACGAUUAGUAGUGGAUGCAGCUUUGGCUCUACAAAAAAGUGGUCAUUCGAUUCAGUUCCUUGUAAAUCAUCAUGAUCCAACUCAUUGUUUUGAGGAAACUCGUGACGGAACACUUAAGGUGCAAACAGUUGGUGAUUGGUUGCCUCGAUCGAUAUUUAACAAAUUUACGGCUCUUUGUGCUUACAUUCGAAUGCUGUACGCUACACUGUACACGACCUUUGUUUUAUCACGUGAAGAGAACUUUGACGUAAUUUUUGUCGACUCAAUAUCGAUUGGCAUUCCAUUUUUGAAACUUGCUACUGGUUCACCGAAGAUCCUUUUCUACUGUCACUUUCCCGAUAUGCUGAUGGCGCCUCAAGACGGUGGUGCUAUUCGGAAAUGGUAUCGAUUCCCAUUGAACUGGGCCGAGGAAUUCACGACCGGCAAAGCCGACGUCAUUUUAGUCAACAGCAAAUUCACACGACGAGUCUUUAAAGAAACAUUCAAACGUAUCAGCGAUAUGCCAGCCGUUCUAUAUCCAUCGCUGAAUACAAAAUACUUUGAUAAUACCAUUGUUAUCGAUGCGGAUGGGGAUAAUUUGAAGUUGAAAAGUGAUUCGGUGGUAUUUUUAUCGAUAAAUCGAUUCGAGAGGAAGAAAAACAUUGCAUUGGCGUUGAAAGCAUUCAAAGAACUGGAGAAACAUGUUUCGAAAGCAAACUUUGAACGAUGUCACAUCAUUGUGGCCGGUGGAUACGAUAAACGUGUCCUUGAGAAUGUCGAACACUUUGAGGAAUUGGAGCAUUUGGCCGAUGAAUUGGGCAUCAUGAAUAAGUGCACGUUUUUGAGAUCACCGAGUGAUAAAUUUAAGCUGUGGCUGCUGAAAAGAUGCGACACACUUCUGUAUACACCGUCCAAUGAGCACUUUGGCAUUGUCCCAAUUGAGGCCAUGUACAUGAAGAAACCAGUGAUUGCUUGCAAUACCGGAGGACCAACGGAAACGGUUGUCCACGAAUCAACGGGUUUCUUGUGUGAACCAGCCAAAGAAUAUUUCAGUCGAUCAAUGGCACGUUUUGUGAUAGGUGACAAAAACUUGGGCGAAAAUAUGGGCGAAAAAGGACGGAAGAGAGUGCAACAACACUUUUCAUUCGAGGCAUUCACAGAAAAACUCAACACCAUUAUUGGGGAGUUGUUGGCGUGUAAAGGGGCAGCUGAGAAUGGCAAGAAAAAUGAAUAGGAGUUUUAGAGCACUUCCAAAAUAGAUUAGAAUUUCGUGGAACUUACCGAGCAUUUAGUAAUGUUAAAUUCUAGUAUAAACUUAGCGAAUUUUGAGUAAAAAAAAAGCAAAUGUUAUUGAAAAUGUUUAAUUUUAUCAACGUUGCAUGAAAAUGAGAUACAGCUACCGGCUGACAGCAAUUCUAAAUUCCAAGUUCUUUUUGUGACUUGAACGAAUUAUAUAUCUCUUUAUGAAAUUUUAGAUGAAAAAUGAUCAUCAAUUCAGUACUAUCAAACAUCCUUUUUGCCAAUUGUUUUUGCCAAUUGUUUACAUUUAAGUUUAUGAUUUACUCUCGGCGGUCGAUGUACGUUUAGUUGAGAAAUCUCAAACCGAAACCAAAAAAAAUCCACAAAUCUUUUUUUUGUAAAUUGAUGUUUUAUUUAUUUGUUCAGGAAAAGAACACAAAUUAAAGUUAAUAAAAUUUUUGGGAAAGAUUUGUUUAUUUCAGAUGCUA